AUGUUUGCAUGCUCACGCCGUCAUUUCUCGGCUGCACCGUUGUUGUGGUUCGGCCGCCGCGGUGUGUGUGCGGUGCCACAUCCGUCGAAGCGCCACCGCGGCGGCGAGGACGCCUAUUUUGUGCACGCGAACGGCAUUGGCGUUGCGGACGGCGUUGGCGGCUACGCGCGGUCCGGUGUGGACCCGGCGGUGUUCACACGCAACGUGAUGCGCUUCACACUGCGGGCCCUGCAGGAGGACGCCGAUCACGGCCGCAUUACGGCCCUUGAGGCCCUCAACAGUGGAUUCAAGGAGGCGCAGCGGCAGCAACAACCCGGCGGGUGUCCGGUCGCGCUGGUCACACUUGUCGACGGGCGAUUCGCGUCGGUGCUCAAUCUCGGCGACUGCGGCAUAAUGUGUCUGCGCAGUUCGAAGCUGUUUGUGGCGACGGAGGCGCAGCAGCACUACUUCAACUGCCCGUAUCAACUGCCGGAGGACCCACCCUCGGCGGGAGACCGCAUGACAUUAGAGGUGAGUGAGGGGGAUGUUUUCAUGUGUGCGAGUGAUGGAUUGCUGGAUAAUGUGGAUGCGAGCGAUAUCGUGCAACACCUAGGCGAUGUGCAACGCGAUGGAUGUCAGCGCGUUGCGGAGGUACUCGCGGAAACAGCCUGCAAAAAUGGGGCUGAUAAGAAUUUUCUCUCCCCCUUUGCAAAACAUGCAAGAAGUGUGGGUUACCGCUACACUGGCGGGAAGCAGGAUGAUGUUACAGUUGUCGUGGCACAACUGACGCGACUUGAUGUAGAACCAAAUCCCUGCCCAUCUCUUAUAACGGAACUUCUUAAGAUUCCCAAUGAAUGA